AGUGCGAGCGGAGCUUAUCGGAGAGAAGGACUAGUUCGCAGCGGGUGUUCUCCUUUACGGACACAAUGUACGCAACGAAGCGUAGAAGACGCAGCGUUAAAAGGUCAGUUUCUUCCGCCGACUGCAACAAUACAUAUUUGCGUGUUUUCCGACUUCAAACACCUAGAAAGGACAUUUCGAGUUACGUCUAGCUAUUAUCUUGCACCGCAAACCCCUAAAUUUCACCAAUCAACUUGAUUGUAGGAAUUUUUUUGCAGUUGAUAGUUUUACUGUUUUUGCGCAUGUUUGUAUACCAAUCCAGUACACAGUGUAAACAGUAUUUAGACUUUUAUAGAACUUCUAAUGGUGUAUAAAUAAGUAUAUUAUGGAUAUGUCAGAUUGUCCGAGCUUAAUUUCUCUUGCAGUCGACUGAUUAAGCAAGAGAAGCGGUAGAGAGUCAGCUUGCAGUUGAUGGAUAAAAAAAUAUUAAUCUAUAUACAACAUACAAUGUAUCCUAGAUUUAUCCAAUAAGUAGAGAUAAAGGUCUAUACUCUUCUUUCCCCCCUCCCUUCCUCCCUCCUCUUCCUUAAUUAGGAUUGUCUGAUAAGGAACCGAAAUAGAAAGGUAUAAAAAAAAAACUGUAGAUAAUCCCGCUUUGUGGUAAGAGAAAGUCCGAGCGAUGGUAUGCGCAGAUUUUUUCCGCGUGAUCAUUUCCUGCCGACUAAUCGGCUUACGAAAGCCGCGUGGAAACUAAAGGAAUAUUGGCAGUGUUUAUCGCCGUGUCGUCCAGAAAGGUCAAGCUUGUAGGGACGAUAAGGAAGAGGAGAGUGCGACGCAGGCAGGGAGUAUAUUCUCCUUUUCAUUCUGUUCAAUUCGCUGUGUAAUAGCGCGAAGUGUCGACUGAUUUUCUUGUCAAAAUCCAUCUUCUAGUCGGGUGAACACGAGCUUGGGAGGUGCAUCUGUACGCAGCCGAAUGAAUGACGGUGGCGCUGCAAACAUUAUAUAAUUCCCGUUGAUUUCUCAAUCACAACUAAUUGAAGGUGAAAAUGUAAAGAUGGGUCGAGUGUCAAAGUCUCGUAAACGAUAUCAUCUUCAAUUAUAACGGUCCCUAACCAGUCCACCUAAUUUUCGAAUAUAUUUUUUUAAUAAAAAUUCAUUUAAUUCCUCUAUCAAGCUGUCACGUGGUCGAAUCACGCGACUAAAUCAUGUAUGAAAUAUUUAUGCAUAGUAAACGGCAGGUAUUUUUUUUUUACCUUCUUUUCUCCCUGUCUCCGUUUCUUUCUAAGUAUCUGUCCUCUCUCUCUAUCUGUCUAUCUAUCUCUUUCUCUCUCUUCCUUUAUCUUACGUUUAAAAGUACAGAAACGAGAGAAGAAGGAAAAAGAUAAACAACAAAAAAAAUUGUUGUCUACUUUUAAAACGGUGAACGAAAAAAUAUAAAAGAGACAAAAAAAAGCAUAAAAUCCUCUCAUUUUACAAUUUUAUGAUUCAACUAACUCAAUCUCACCUCUUUUUUUUUCAUUGUUAUACCUUUUCGUACCAAGUUGUAAACUGUGACGUCCCUUCCAAGGCUUCCCGCCACUUAUAUAACCACGAAACUGGCGUUAACAAUUAAACUUGUACCCUCUUUCGCUUAAAAAACUUUGGGGCCAUAUACAAUAGGGAGAAUACGCCCAUACUUAGGGACACAGCUAGUUUCCUUAAAAAAUUAGAAAGAGAGAGGGAGGGAGAGAGCGACAGAGGAGGAGAAUCAGAUUUUAACGAAUGUUGACAAACUUUUUCCUUUUAUUCGGCUUCUCCUAUGGCACGCGUUUCUUUCACUAAUUACUCUCUAACGCGUUAUAUUCAUACUGGCACAAGUUCUUUGAAGCUUUGUUACCGACCCGUGCGUUUCCUUUCUCCGUAACAAUUUUAUGUAGAGAAAAAACGCCGAGUGUUCAUUGGCUGGCGUCACAUGGUCAGCCGUAUGGUCAAAAAAUUCGAGAGGUGGGGCGUCAUUUUCGGAUACGCCAUGCAUACCGUCCGACCGUCGAAUUUUCCACCAAUAUUCUAUCAACAACAAACCAGUGUCAAACCUCCACCUAAAGAACCUCCGAAAAGUAACCCUAGUAAACGUCAUAGGGAACGUCUUAACGCCGAAUUGGACCAUUUGGCUAACUUAUUACCAUUCGAACAAAGCGUCAUUUCCAAGUUGGAUAAGCUUAGCAUUCUCCGUUUAGCCGUCUCCUACUUGCGAACGAAAAGCUACUUCCACGCUGUGCUACAAAAUCAAAGGUACGCCUCCCACCAUCACUACUACGGCGGAGCCGAAGCGUCUUUCACAGAAACCGACAGUGUUCUGCAAGCGUUAAAUGGUUUCCUUUUUAUUGUCUCUUGUGAUGGCGAAGUUUUCUUUGCCUCCAAAACUGUGGAACAAUAUCUAGGCUUCCACCAAUCCGACAUUAUACAUCAAAGCGCCCUCGAAUUGAUCCAUUCAGAAGAUAGGGAGGCGUUUAAGAGUCAGCUCAACUGGCGUUCCCAAUUGCCCGCUGACCGACACGACAUGUCUCUGCACGAUGCUUUGCAGGCCGAAAAUUCCCAGCUCAUGACGCGUUCGUUCACUGUUCGGUUUAGGUGUUUACUGGAUAAUACUUCCGGCUUCAUCACCUUGGAAAUUACCGGCCACAUGAAAGCGUUACUUGGUCAAAAUUUAAGAGGUGAAGAUCAACAACAGGUGGCGUUAUUCGCCAUGUGUUCUCCUUUCGGACCCCUGCCUAUCCUGGAUAUGCCUCCUAGGGAUUACACUUUCAAAACAAAGCAUAAAAUGGACAUGGCACCGUUAAGUAUAGAUCAUAGAGGCCGGUUGCUCUUUGGCUAUUCAGACAGAGAUCUCUUGGAUAAGGGGGGCUACGAUUUAAUUCAUCCCGACGACAUCAACUACUACGCUGCAGCUCAUCAAGAGAUGAUUAAGACCGGUAGCUCCGGUUUAAUAGCCUAUAGAAUGCUAACGAAGGACUAUAGAUGGCUCUGGCUUCAAUCCAGUUCUAAAGUUGUCUACAAGAACAGCAAGCCCGAUUAUGUUAUGUGCACGCACAGGCACUUAACAGACGACGAAGGACGAGAAUUAGUAACGAAACGUGGAACCGAAUUCAAAUUACCAUAUCCUUUAAUCGACUCGGAUCCUUCGAGUAACGCUUUCGAGGAUGAUAAAAAUAUUGCCCUAACAACAACAAAAAAGCCUAAAGCACAACUAAAAGAAUACCUCCAUACUGGUAGGAAACGAAAAACUCCAACAACGUAUGCUCCAAUAAACAACCCACCAUAUCCUCCAAGCGGCUAUUCGUCUGACUUGGUUUAUUCUCCUUAUGCCAGUUAUCCACUGGAUACAGCGGAUAUCUAUAGGACUAAUUAUAUGAGCGUCUACGACAAUGCCUAUUACUCACAGUACCCUCUCUCCGCCUCCCAAUACGGUUACGGAUAUGCACCUUACACUGAUGGAUAUGGUUUGGAUCUGAGACGACAGCAUUACGAAAACUAUUACGGUCUUACGGCCGACGACGCCCGGCAACGUCACUCAACAGUUAUUCGAAGCGCCUGUUGCGAACAGAAAAACGGUUUAGACGACGCUGUAGCGCUAUGUACGUCCAUUUCUUCAAACUCAUCGCCCGCGUCCGCCACAACAGCGACAUCAGUGAUACAAACGAAGAACAAAGAGAAAUCAGGUGCUAUUGCAGUACCCGUUGUUAAAUCGUGGCCAACUUGUUCAAGUGCCUACGAUUGGCCAGACUAUACAGGUACUAAUUAUCAUCAUACUGAUUGUUUGGCACCUGCCAGAUUUUCUUACUCCGAAGUCUCUCAGACGUUGCUCAGUCAAACUAGUUGAAUUUUUUGUUUGUUUCAUUUUUUUUGUUUGUUUUAUUUUUUUAGCCAGAUUUAUCUAGUCCGCCUCCUCAUUCCUCGAUUCUCUCUCUGUGCGUUCACUGUCUGUAUAUGUUAACGAGUAUGUAAAAUAUAUUAUCUAAAGAGAAAAAAUUGUACAAAAUGACAGCAAAAUUGGUAUACAGUGUGUAUAAAUGUAACUCUAUGCUGUCUGAACGGUAUAUGUAAAGAUAUUUUAUGUAUAUAUGCAUAUAUA